GGGUGUUGCGCCAGCUGUGCCUCAAUGAAGGAUCUUCAUUCAACACCUUUCCCUUCCCGUCACACCAGUCAAUGCGACUCCUGCAUUUUCCAGCACCAUUCGCUGCGCAGACCAGACUUUAGCAAAGCCUUCGUUGGCGGUCAGAAAGGCUACCAGACCUACCGGGACCUACCAUGGGACCUUCAAAAAAUUCAUCAGUCAGCUAUUAAAAUAAGACAUCUUGAGCCCCGGAAAAUUGCUCUAAUUGUUAUUGGAACAGCAGUGGCAGCAGCUAUCACCAUUGGUCUCCUAGUUUAUUUUCUGGCAUAUGAUCAGCAGCUGUUCUAUUACAGUGCCAAUGUAAAACUCACCAACAUCCGGUACAAUAACGAAUUUUCCAGACAGUCCUCAGGAAGGUUUAGAGACCUGAGCGAGAGGGUUGAGAGACUGAUCGACAAGACAUUUUACAAUUCCAUUUUAAGGAAAAAAUACAUCCGUUCACGCUUAAUCAGAGUGAGCCCAGAUGCUGAUGGUGUGAUGGCAGAGGCUUUGCUCACAUUCUGGUUCUCCGCCACGGAUUCUAGAGAAGCCUUGAGACAAAGAGUUCAAAGGAUCUUACGGAGGGGACUGAAAAAAUACACAGGGCCUCUGAGAAUAAAUGUCAGAUCUUCCACCAUCUCAAAUGUGGAGCCAAAAAGAGCAGAAGCCCUCUUCAAUGACAUCUGUGGGUUACGGCAGAAUAGAUCGGUCAAGUCGAUGGCAAAAUCGUCAUCAUUGCGAAUAGUCGGCGGAUUGUCUUCUGCAGAGACUGGGGACUGGCCAUGGCAAGCUAGUUUGCAGUACAACAACAUCCAUCGCUGUGGUGCAACACUCAUCAGCAACACGUGGCUUGUAUCUGCAGCUCACUGCUUCAGAGACAUGACUCACCCUCAGAAGUGGACUGCUACUUUUGGAGCUCUUUUGAAGCCACCAAGCUUGAAGCGAUCAGUCAAGACUAUUAUUAUUCAUGAAAAGUACCUCUACCCAGAACAUGACUAUGACAUUGCACUUGUGCAGCUCUCUAAACGAGUCGAGUUUACAAGUAGCAUACACCGUGUCUGUCUGCCUGAGCCAUCUCAGACUUUUCCCUACAAUAUUCACGCUGUCAUCACAGGCUGGGGAGCACUUACCAAUGACGGUCCAGCUCCAAAUGCUCUUCAAGAAGCAACAGUGAAACUUAUUGACUCAAACACUUGCAACAGGAAAGAAGUGUAUGAUGGGGACAUAACACCCAGGAUGUUGUGUGCAGGAUACUUGGAAGGAGGAGUAGAUGCUUGUCAGGGGGACUCUGGGGGACCACUGGUUACUCCAGAUUCUAGACUGAUGUGGUACCUCGUGGGAAUAGUGAGCUGGGGAGACGAAUGUGCCAAACCAAAUAAACCUGGAGUUUACACACGAGUGACUUAUUUCCGUGACUGGAUUACCUCAAAAACAGGCAUCUAA